AUGGAGGAAGGGAAGAGAGGCGACCAAUCAGCGGAAGGAGAGGGUGUGGACCAAUGGGCUGAGGAGGGCGGGAGGGGCUGCGGGCGGCCAAUCAGCGGAGAGGGAGGCACAAGGUGUCGGCCAAUGGGCAGAGGAGGGCGGGGCGCGGAGGACGGUCACCCAUUCAGCGGAGAGGCGGCAGUGGAACCGAGCAAUGAGGAAGUGCUGUGUGCCACACCGCUGGUCUGUAGUCUGGGCAGACCUGUUAACCUGGACAAGGAUGACUAUCAGCGGGUCGUGUGCAACAACGAACACUGCCAGUGUGGCAACUGGAUGCAUCUGCAAUGCUUCUACGAGUGGGAGAGCAGCAUCCUGGUCCAGUUCAACUGUAUUGGUCGUGCUCGCAGCUGGAAUGAGAAGCAAUGCCGCCAGAACAUGUGGACCAAGAAAGGCUAUGACCUGGCCUUCCGAUUUUGCUCCUGUCGCUAUGGACAAGGGCACCUGAAAAAGGACGUGGACUGGUACCAGGUCAGACGGAUGCAGGAUGACAAGAAGAAGAAGCCAUCGUCAGAUAAAAUUGCCCUCAAGUCUGGGGAGGUACCUGACGAGGGUAAAAAGUGCAAACUCAACAGGCCGCAGAAACCCCCUGGCCAGGACCUGCAGAGGAGGCAUUCGAUGGACAGGCAGAACUCGCAGGAAAAGGGCUCGGGCAACGGGAGUCAUGGGAGUGCGCACAAAGAUGCGUUUAGGUCGCCCUGCGGGUCUCCUGGACAGUCCCCUCCAACAGGACAUUCCUAUUUCUCUCUAUCGGUUAGUGGGCCCCGAGGAGCCAGACAUUUGGGGGAGUUCUUCAAGACGGCGGUUCACACUGAGACCUACAAAAAGACCCUACCCAACAGUUGCGGCUCGAGAUUCUGCCAGCCAGAGUACGGAGCGGUUGGGAUUUCAGGCACCAAGGCUGGUCCCUUUGACGCUCCAGUGGAGUUCCUCAGGAGGUUGGAUUUGUCAGAACUCUUCGCCCACGUGCCCAAGCAUAAAAUAAACACCUACCAUGUACGCAUGGAAGACGACGCUCAGAUGGGUCAAGGAGAGGAUCUCAGGAAGUUCAUUCUCACAGCCCUUAGCGAGAGUCAGAGAUACGUUGUGAACUGUGCACUGUGUCACACAAUUCUCCCAGUGUUUGAACAAUUUCCUCUUGUUGAUGGCACUCUGUUCCUCAGUCCUUCCCGACAUGAUGAGAUUGAGUAUGAUGUACCAUGUCACCUCCAAGGGAGACUCAUGCACCUCUAUGCUAUAUGCGUGGACUGCCUAGAAGGGGUACAUAAGAUCAUUUGCAUCAAAUGCAAAUCGCGAUGGGAUGGAAGCUGGCACCAGCUGGGAACAAUGUACACAUAUGACAUCCUGGCUGCUUCUCCGUGCUGUCAGGCCAGACUGAACUGCAAGCACUGUGGAAAGCCGGUGAUCGAUGUGCGAGUCGGGAUGCAGUUUUUCUCAGAGUACAGUAAUGUCCAGCAGUGCCCACACUGCGGCAAUCUAGACUAUCACUUUGUAAAACCCUUUUCAUCAUAUAAAGUUUUGGAGGCUUAUUGACGAAUGCUUUUUCAAAAAAAAAGAUUUUUUUGUUCUAGAGUAAUUAUUCUGUAGGCAGUUACUAUUCUUUGGUUGCUUGUGUGUAAGUCCUUUAUACAGUGCAUCCAGUUGGUUAUUUUUGGACGCAAAAGUGUGCAUACAAUCAUAGAAUCAUAGACUAUUACAGCACAAA